UAUACAGCUACAUGGUGUUGUUUGGAGGCGUUAACAUGUAUGGAUAUGACUUUUUAUCCAGAAAUAUAUCAUGAUGUAAAUGCACUCACCAGAGAUGAUGAUAUUUGUUGGAGUACGAAGUAUCUACUGGGAUGCAUUUCGGAAAAUUUAAACACAUUCUGUGACCAAUACCAGUCAAUGUUCGAACAGACGUUCGGACAUCAUAUACAAGUAAUAAUAGAUAAGUACUCAUACAAUGGAUCGUGUUACGAGGAUUACGAUGAUUACGUUACAGAUGACUUUACAUGGGAAAGUACAACUCCAGCUCUUCAACAGAACACCAGAAAUGAUAAUGGUGACAUUAUUGGCGGAUGUGUGGGAGCUGUACUCGUCGUUGUAUUAAUUCUUUCUUUACUGUUCGUUUACUGGAGGUCCAAGAGGAAACUGAUUGGAAAGGGGACUGCUGAAAAUGAUAACGCAGCCUAUAAUUUGGAACACAGAGGCUCGGUUGACUAUGCUGAAAUUCGUGAGGUUAUGGAUCCAGACCAAGCAAGGUAUGUUAAGCUCAAAUUAGGGCAGCAUGAAAAUCAAAACGUGACAUACGGUUUAGAAAAUGAUCCGACUGGUGAACAUGAUGCAUCUGUGUUUUCCAUUGCAAUGGAUUCUCCAAAACCCGGAUACGAUGGUCUUUCUAAUUUUCAACGACAUAAAAUGGAAAGGCAAUACACAACACUGUCAGAAAACGAGGGAAGUGACUAUAUUUUGCGACCGGAAUCAGUUCCAGAUUUAAGACCAAUGAUGCGUAUAAUUGAUAAAAAUGACAGUAAUUACUCAGAUGGAAAUGACUAUUUUGUACCGGAAGCUAACACUCCUCCUCCUACACCAAAGAGUGCAAGAUACGACACAGAAUCGACGCAUAGUUAGUUUCGAAUUUGACAAUGUAAAAUCAUUUGAUGAGAUGAAAAAUGUACAAAUGUGGUAGCCUAACAUAAAUAUAUUAUAUUAUUAUAAACAUCAUAAAACUUAUAAAAAAAAAACAAGUACGAUUAAAUUCCUUGCAGAUACCUAAUUGUCGUCCAGUUGAAUGCAUUUCUCGAACAUUUGGCUGC